AUGUCGCGCCGUCCAGCAAAAGGAGAUUACAUAGAAACCGACACCGGUAACAAGGUCUCUCGCAAGGCCGUCCUCGUCGGCACACAGAACAUCAUGCUGGGCGGCAAGACCGUCAUCCAGCCCGAAGUCAUGAUCCGAGGCGAUCUCGUCCGAACGGCACAAGCCCAGCCGCCAUCUGGCGGAAGCGCCGCUCCACCAAAUACCACCGCCGUUGCCAUCGGUCGAUAUUGCUUCUUGGCCCGUUCUGUGCUGCUUCGGCCGCCCGGCCGGAUCUACAAGGGCGUCUUUACAUAUAUGCCGUUGAGGAUUGGUGAUCAUGUCUUUAUCGGACAGGGAACAGUGGUGCAGGCUGCGAGUAUAGGCAACCAUGUGUACAUUGGAAAAGGCUGCGUGGUCAACGAGUUUGCCAUUAUCAAGGACUACGUCAAGGUCUUGGACGGGACGAUUGUUCCCGCCAACAUGGUCAUUCCGAGCUUCUCCAUCGUCGCUGGUCAGCCAGGGCGUGUUGUGGGAGAAUUACCUGAUGGUGCGCAUGAAGAAUUCGAGCUGAGAGACCUGUACAAAACUGUCGGUAAUAACCCACAACCCGCGGCCGCUUGA